CCUAAAAAAAACACAAAAUUGAAAUCUCAUUGACUCUUAACAACUUGAUUCAAUCAAUUUGGUCUUUAAUCUUUCAAAACUUUUACCCAAACCCCAACUCAAAUUCACCAUCUUUAUUUACAUCGAUCGAUCCACAAUGAAGUUUACAGUUUUGAUGAUGAUUGUAAUAAUAAUAGGGGUUUUAUCAACAUCAAGUGAAUCUAUACGUUUUGAGCUUGAAUCAGGACAUACUAAAUGCAUAGCAGAAGAUAUCAAAAGCAAUUCAAUGACUGUUGGUCAUUAUUCCAUUGUUAAUCCUGAUGAAGGACACCCUUUGCCUGAAUCUCAUAAAAUCACCCUCAAGGUGACCUCGGCAUACGGAAACAGCUAUCACUCUUCUGAAAAUGUACAGUCAGGGCAAUUUGCUUUUCAGGCUGUUGAGGCUGGAGAUUAUAUGGCUUGCUUUAACGCUAUCGAUCACCAACCAUCGCUAAAGAUACCAAUUGAGUUCGAUUGGAGGUCUGGUGUGGCUGCUAAGGAUUGGUCCAAUGUUGCCAAGAAAGGUUCAGUAGAUUCAAUGGAAUAUGAGCUGAAGAAACUGGCGGAUACCAUCACUUCCAUCCAUGAGGAGAUGUUUUAUCUGAGAGAAAGGGAACGGGAGAUGCAAGAGCUUAACAAAGUCACAAACUCUAGAAUGGCAUGGUUGAGUUUUCUUUCGCUCUUUGUAUGCUUGUCUGUGGCCGGUAUGCAGCUUUGGCACUUGAAAUCCUUCUUUGAAAAGAAGAAGCUCAUUUGAUAUCCAUCUUCUCUUUAGUUAUCUCUUGGUAGACUUUCAUAUUUGUAGUAGCAUCUCGGCGCCUGUUACUAGGAUUAAAAAUUACACGACAUAUGUUUAAAGUUGAGAAAAUUUACGUGACUAUGAUCUUUAUGUU